AUGAACGACCUAGAACAACGACAGCAGGACGAAGUGUCCAGUCUUCAAUCGAUCUAUGGGGAUAUCUAUAAAGAUGUUACCUCCAAAGGUUUAGUAUGGAACAUGAAACGUAGUCCACAUUUCCAGAUAUAUCUAGAGUCAUCGGAGGAUGCCGCUAGACCGACAAUUGCAUUGACUUUAGACAUUGAGUUUACGCCCACUUAUCCUAUUCUGAGUCCCAUAGUUAAGGUUCUUCACCCCAUCAAUCUCCUUAAGAAUAGUGUCAAUCGUAUAGAAAGGAAGAUCAAGGAGUUGUUAGUGGAAUAUAGAGAUGUAGAGGUAGGGUUUAUUCUUGUAUCGGAAGUGAAGGACAUUCUUGACGACAUCCAAAAGACUACCGAGAAGGUACUUUCCCUUGAAGAAGAACGUGAACUUCGGUUAAGGAAGGAAAGGGAAAAGUUGGAACUUCAAGAAGAGAAUCGAAAUAAAGAACGUGAAAAGGAAAUGCUUAAACAGAAUAAAGAAUUGAAUGAGCAAUUGAUAAAUAUGCAAGGAGAUUAUUAUAAUAAUGAACGAGAAUCAGAAGUUAGAGAUGAUUUAGUAAUCGAUUCAGAUACAGAAAUAAUGCCUCCAAACAAUUCAGAAUAUUUUAUAUUCGAUAAUCCUUUAAUUGGAGAAAUUCCUCUGACGAAAUCAAAAUUCAAAUUCAAAGCAGUUCUGGGGUUUAUUCCUUAUGAUAAACGAGAUCUUUUAUCUUCAAUUGCCUCACAAUACAUUGUUAAGCCGUAUUUACCAAAGCUUACUAAGGAAAGACUUGGUAGAAAAGGUGGAGAUGUGCUAUUACUUUUGACUGAAGUGAAUUUAUUCAAUAAGUAUUGGAUAACAGAAACUGGUAAACGAGAAAUCCAAGAACUUGAAGCAGAAUUACAAUUAAUAAGAACCUUGCACCAUGAAAACCUUAAUAGAUUAUUAGGGUUCCAAAUAGAUAGACUUGAUUUUGAAGAUGAAAAAGGAUGGAAAAUUCGUCUUAUCACCGAGUUCUCUUUGAACUCCGAUUCCUUAACUGAUAUCUUAGAAACCGCAGAUUUCGUCAAUUGGGCUUUAGCAAGAACUUGGUUAAUUCAAAUGUUACCAGCUUUAGAAUACUUGCACAAUUCUGGAUUCAUUCACAAGCUUAUUAAUCCUUUAACUGUGAGUAUUCAAGAGUCUCCACAAUCUUCAAAUAAAAUAAUCAAACUAAGUUAUCCAAGCUAUGGCUAUAGGCUCUUAAAGAUGUUUGAGAGCCAUCCAGAUAACCACAACAAAUUGGGAUCGCCUGGAAUUCUUCUUUCACAAGUACCGGCUACAUGGAUGGCACCAGAACUUAAGAACAAAGGUGGUGAACAAACAUACCAAACUGAUAUAUGGGAUUUGGGUGUACUUUUCAUGAGAGUAAUGCUCAGUGUUAAUAUAUUAGUGACGACAUUUAUAACUCCAGAACUGUUUUUUGCUGAUUUUGAUGUGGAAGAUUACCCUGGAGUUGAAGAAUAUGCGGAAUUAGUGUAUGAUUUAUUAUCCAAAAUGCUUCAAACCAAACCAUCCAAACGGCCAUCACCAAUGGAAUUAAAUACAUGCAAGUUCUUAAGAGAUGGACCUAUGUUGAACAACUCUCAAAGUGAGUUUAAGGCAAGAUCAAAAAGACUAGCCAAUAGUUCUCAUGAACAUGCGAUAGCUGAUAGCGAAGAAGAAUCUGAAACAGAGGAGCAACCUUUACCUGCAUUUCUGGAACGUACCAAAGCUUUAGCAGCCAGCAAUAGAAGACGAUAUUCCAAUCAAAAUCAUGGUUUUGGUGACAACAUGUCUUCUUCAUUCAUAAGUGCUGGCUCACCCCGAAAUUUAGGAAGAUACGAAAGAGAUUUUGAAGAAAUAGGCAGACUUGGUAAAGGUGGGUUUGGGGAAGUUGUUAAGGCCAGAAGCAGAAUGGAAGGUACCUUUUAUGCUAUCAAAAAGAUCAAGCAUAAGGCUAACAAACUCGAUUCUCUUUUGAGUGAAGUACUUUCUCUUGCACGUUUAAAUCAUCAAUUCAUUGUGCGUUACUACGGAACUUGGAUUGAAGAAGUCACUGAACACCACAAGCCAGAUGACGACGAUAAGGCAGACGAUGAUGAUGAAGAUGAGGAAGAAGAUGAUAGUCUUGAAAUAUAUAGCGAGAUUUCUGAAGAGGACUUUCUGAGUCCUUUCAAUCGCUCCAGUUCGUUCUUGGUCAGCAGAAAUAAUUCGUAUCAAGCAGAUUUCUAUUCUUCCAAUACUUUUGAUUCUGGUAUUGACUUCAGUUCAGACUCCAAUAAUGAAGAUAUUGACGAUUUAAUUGAGUUUGCAAGAUCAACAGAUGAUGAAGCUGAACAGACUGAACAAGAAGAAGAGGAAGAAGAUUCUGAAUCCGUUAAUGAGCUGACUACAGAGGAAGGGAAACAAUCCAUAUUAAUCACCAAACUGAGAAAACUGCAAGCAGAAUCUCAAAAGAGGUAUAUUCUUUACAUUCAAAUGGAGUUCUGUGAGAAUAAUACUCUUCAAAAUUUGAUUGAACAAGGUUUACCUCAAAAUCCGAAAGAAUACUGGAGACUUUUCCGUCAAUUACUUGAAGCUAUUUCUUAUAUACACAGGGAAGGGUUUAUUCAUCGAGAUUUGAAACCUACCAAUAUUUUCAUUGAUAAAUCAAAUAACGUGAAGGUUGGAGACUUUGGAUUGGCCAAAAAUUCCCAGUUUUCAACAGUAUUUCUGAAUAAUAACCAAGUAUCUCCUCCUACCAACGAAAAGGAUUUAUCAACAAUUGUUGGAACAUAUUUUUAUACUGCUAAAGAGGUGGCAUCAGGAAACUAUGAUGAGAAGGUGGAUAUGUAUUCUUUAGGAGUAAUAUUCUUUGAGAUGUGCUACCCCUUAGGAACUGGUAUGGAAAGGGCUCAAACUUUAAACAACUUACGAUUAGUGACAGUUGAUUUCCCUUCUAAUUUUGUUGAUCUUAAAUAUAAAACAGAGAGGAAGAUAAUCAAGUUAUUGCUCGAACAUGAUCCUAAGAAACGGCCUGGAGCAACAGAAAUUCUUCAAAGUGGAAUGCUUCCAGUAGAACACCAAGAUCAAGUAAUUAGAGAAGCAUUGAAGUCUUUGGCGGACCCUUCUUCUCCUUGGCAACAACAAGUUCGGGAAACUUUAUUCAACCAACCAUAUUCAUUGGCUACCGAUGUUUUGUUUGAUAAAAGAGCCCACCAUGAUGGUAAGAUUAAUUCUUCAGACUUUAUGCUAGUGGAUAAUGUCUUGAGACAAGUGUUCAAAUUAUUUAAUCGUCAUGGGGCUGUACAAGACUAUACCAGUUACUUACCUUUACCAAUGUCACCAUUACAAGAGGGUAAUUUUGUCUAUCAAGUCUUGGAUAAAGAUGGUUCAGUGUUGACUUUACCAUACGAUUUGGUACUCCCCAUGGCUAGAUUCCUAAGUCGAAACCAGGUGUUUUUAACCAAAGUGUAUCGACAUCAAUAUGUUUUCCGUCCUGGAUUGAGAGGUUCAGGUGUACCUGAGAAAUAUAGUGCUGUUAAUUUUGACAUAGUCACCAGGAAUGCCUCCGGGCGGAUAUUUGAUGAUGCAGAAACUCUAAAGGUUGUUAGUGAGAUAUUUAAAGUUCUUCCAUGCUUCCAAUCCAAGAAUUCACAAAAGGUUAUAUUCAUUAACCAUGGCGACAUUUUGAAUGCUGUGCUAUCCUUUGCCUAUGACAAUAUUUCUUUAAAGGAUGAACAAAGACUUCGAAUCCUGGAAAUCUUAUCUCAAAUGGGUAUAGAGAAAAGCAGUGAAGAGAUACGAAAGUAUUUAUAUGAGCAAGUGAGUGUUCCUCAAACCCUGACCAAAGACUUAUUGGAACAAUUUAACUUUAGUGUUGAACCAGAUAAGGCAAGACAAAAGUUAUACAAAUUGAUGCAAGAUUCUCCUCAUUUCACAAAGGUUGAAAAGGGGUUAUCAUAUAUUCGGGAAGUGUUAAACAUCUUAAAGAAAUUGGGUAACCACAACACCACGGUUGUAUUCAACCCUUUAAGCAACUACAACAGUAGGUAUUAUUCCAAGGGGAUAAUGUUUCAAGCCAUAUAUCGAGUUGAUAAGAAUAGAAGGUUUACUAGGGUGGCUACAGGUGGUAGAUACGAUGAGCUUAUAUCUUAUUUACGGAGUCAGGAUUCUGUUUCUUCCAAUAAGAAUUAUAGCGUGGGGUUCUCGUUGAACACCAACCUUAUAUUCAUACUCAUGAAGAACAUAAUUUCCAGGAAAAGUGUCGAGUUUUGUAAACGAGAAUGGACUGGGUCUCGAGUGGAUGUGAUUAUCACUAGCAUUAACCCGGCAUAUUUGAAGCUGACAGGGUAUUGGAUUUUACUGAAUCUUUGGGAGAACGAUUUAAGCUGUGAGUUGUUCUUCUCAUCACCACUGACAGAGUUGGUUGAUGUGUGUAAGGAUUCUGGUGCCAAAUGGGUAAUUUCCAUUAAGCAACCCAACGAUACCAUGAACAAACGGAGUAAGAACAAGUUUAAACCUCUUAGAAUCAAAGACUUGGUGAAUGAUCAAGAAUACGAUGUUGAAUACAAUGAAUUGGUGGAGAAAAUGAAACAAAUGUCGACCCAGGAAGUACUGGAACAGCUACAACUGCAACAGUCACAGUCGGAACCACCAGUGUCCAAUGCAUUUGAUGAUUCCGAAGUGUCUUCUACCAUAGAAGUCGACCAAAGAAUCGUGGAAAUAUCCCAUGAUGCCCCUAGAGGUAGAAAGCAACAAGCCAAGCACACCGGUUGGGAUUCUAAAGAUGCUGGGAUUAAUAUGGCUAAGACUAUAGCAACAUCACCUGUGAUUGAAGUUGAUGCUAGAGAUGAAGUCCUUGAUAUGAUUGCAAUCACUAGCAUUCACCAGAAAGAUGAAUGGAUCCGAAAGAUUGUCUAUUCACGUCAAAACUUCUCCAAGAGUUAUGCAGAGAACAUCCACCAUGCUUUGGUUAAAGAGUAUACUAAAGGUCAUAAAUGGGCUAUUGUCCAUAGUCCAAGAUCGGGAAAGACCAUUAUUGUUAGUCUUGGGUUUAUGAAAUGA